AUGGGAGCUUGUGGUAGCAAGAAGACCAGCCAGAAGGAGAGGCGCAAUUCCAUAUACAGGCAGAAGCCUCUGCCAUCGCCAAGAAAGACAAACCCUCCACCGCCACCGCCGGUCAAGGCAAAGAACUUCACCACUCCUGCCAACCGGUCUUCUGACAGCGAUAAGCAUUUCGUAAUAGCACAGUACGAUUUCACUACACUGAGUGACCGCGAUCUGCCAUUGACCGUAGGAGAGAAGUUUGAAGUCCUUUGCAGCGACGGGGACUGGUGGCUAGCAAAAUCUCUUGCCACGGGGCACAAAGGCUACAUACCCAGCAAUUUUGUGGCCCGUGUAAACAGCCUGGAAGAAGAAAAGUGGUUUUUUAAAGGCCUGAGCAGAAAAGAAACCGAACGGCUCUUGCUGGCACCUGGCAAUGUGAUGGGGUCAUUUCUGAUCAGGGAAAGUGAAACUAAUCCAGGUGCCUUUUCCCUUUCGAUCAGGGACUACACAUCUGAAGGGGAUGUCAUCAAACAUUAUAAAAUCCGCGCUCUGGACCAUGGGGGAUAUUACAUCUGCCCAAGGACCACAUUCCCUACGCUGCAGGAGCUUGUCAAACAUUAUUCUUCUUACGAAGAUGGCUUGUGUCAGCAGCUACAGCAGCCGUGCAUCUCUCUGGUUCCACAAAGGCCGUGGACCACCGAUGAAUGGGAGAUCCCUCGGGAAACGCUGAAGCUUGUCAAGAAGCUGGGAGCAGGCCAGUUUGGAGAGGUUUGGAUGGGUUAUUACAAGAAUAAUGUGAAAGUGGCAGUGAAGACCCUGAAAGAAGGCAGCAUGGCCCCAGAUGCCUUCUUGGCCGAAGCCAACUUGAUGAAGAGGCUUCAACAUAGCAAGCUGGUCCGUCUGCAUGCCGUGGUCACCCAGCAGCCGAUUUACAUCGUCACGGAAUACAUGGCCAACGGGUGCUUGCUGGAUUUCUUGAAAUCAGAGGGAGGGAGGAAGUUGACUCUCCCCAAACUUAUAGACUCCUCAGCCCAGGUUGCUGAAGGGAUGGCGUACAUUGAGAGAAUGAACUCCAUCCACAGGGACCUCAGGGCAGCCAACAUCCUCGUCUCGGAGACCCUCUGUUGCAAAGUUGCAGACUUUGGCCUGGCUAGGAUCAUAGAGAAUGAGUACCUCGCGCAAGAAGGUGCCAAAUUUCCUAUCAAAUGGACAGCACCAGAAGCAAUUAACUACGGAGUUUUCACAAUCAAAUCCGACGUCUGGUCUUUUGGAGUUCUCCUAACUGAAAUCAUCACCUAUGGAAGGUGCCCCUACCCCGCUAUGACCAAUCCUGAAGUCAUCCAACAUCUACAGAAGGGUUACCGGAUGCCCCGUCCAGAAAACUGCCCGGUUGAACUCUAUGCAGUCAUGUUGAAAUGCUGGAAGAACAAUCCCGAAGAGAGACCCACGUUCGAAUACCUCCAGUCCACCCUCGAGGACUUUUACACGGCCACAGAAGCGCAGUAUGAAGCUGAACCCGCUUCUUCCUGAGC